AUGGUGGUCUUUGUCCGCCACUUGAUGACGAUAAUACCACAGUCAAGCUUGACGCAGACGUUCGUGCACGACCUUUACAAGGCCGUAUUGGAUAAUAUGUUCAACAAGCAGCUGACGGAUCACCAGGCUAAAAAACUUAGAGCCGUCGUCGUUGCGCUUGCGAAGGCCGAGACGAACAAAGUCUUCAGAGAUUCGAGAUCCAAGGCGCGCCUUAGAGAAGAAUACGCCCAGGUAAUUCGCGGCCAAGUCGAAAUAGAAAAAGAGAGGGAGAAACAAGCCCGGAUGGAAAAAGAAUGCGCCCGCCUUGAAAGAAAAAAGGCCCGACUUGAGAAAGUAAACGCCUGGAAGGAACGCCUUCUAAAAAUCAGAGCGCAGAUUAGCCGUCACAGAAAAGAGUUCAUGCGAAUUUCAAGAGAUAAGGAUUCAGAUGCUUCAGAGCGGGUCCUACCUCUGACAAGACUCGCUCAGAGAAGAGUUUUCGAUGUUAUCCACAGGCUGAAGGAAGAGUUUGACAGAACUUAUAAACUUUUAUAA